AUGACAUCAUCACUUCUCGCCAAGUCAAACCGCUUCCUCCUUAAACCUCCCAAAAAACCCAACUCCCUCUCCUUCCUCAGAUCAAUCUCUUCCGACAACGAAUCCAACAACGCUCCUCUCCCUCCACCUCCCCAAUCCCUCGUCAAAUCAAUCUGCUCCUUAGUCUGCCACACCUACCUCCGUCAACACCACGUCACACUCUCCCCACACCGCCUCCUCACCCUCGACCUCGACGCCAAUUCCCUCACCCACGAGCAAGCCAUCACCGUCGUCGCCUCCCUCGCGAGCGAAUCCGGCUCCGUGGUGGCUCUCUGCUUCUUCCACUGGGCAUUAGCCUUCUCCAAGUUCCGACAUUUCAUGAGACUGUACCUCGUAACCGCCGAUUCGUUGAUCGCAAACGGGAACUUGGAGAAAGCUCAUGAGGUGAUGCGAUCUAUGGUGAGGAAUUUCGCGGAGAUCGGGAGGUUGAACGAAGCUGUAGGGAUGGUUUUAGAUAUGCAGAAUCAAGGGCUGUCUCCGAGUGUGAUAACCCUUAACUGCGUUCUCGAGAUUUCGAUUGAUUUGGGGUUGGUGGAGUAUGCGGAGAAUGUGUUCGACGAAAUGUCUGUGAGAGGAGUUUGUCCUGAUUCGAACUCUUUUAAGCUGAUGGUUAUUGGUUGUUUUAGAAGUGGGAAGAUUCAAGAAGCUGACAGGUGGCUUAACGGGAUGAUGCAAAGAGGGUUUGUUCCUGAUAACGCCACGUGUACGUUGAUUCUUAGUGGCUUUUGUGAGAAUGGGUUGGUGAAUAGAGCGGUUUGGUGUUUUCGUAAGAUGGUUGAGUUAGGGUUGAAGCCGAACUUGAUAAAUUUCACGUCUUUGAUUGAUGGGUUGUGUAAGAAGGGUAGUGUGAAGCAGGGGUUUGAGAUGUUGGAGGAGAUGGUUAGAGUUGGGUGGAAGCCGAAUGUGUAUACACACACGGUUUUGAUUGAUGGGUUGUGUAAAAGAGGGUGGACGGAGAGAGCGUUUAGGCUGUUUUUGAAGCUUGUUCGUAGUGAUUGUUAUAAGCCUAAUGUGUAUACUUAUACUUCGAUGAUUGGUGGGUAUUGUAAAGAGGAUAAGUUGAGCCGUGCUGAGAUGUUGUUUAGUAGAAUGAAGGAGCAGGGUUUGGUGCCUAACGUGAAUACGUAUACGACGCUCGUUGAUGGGCAUUGUAAAGGUGGGAACUUUGAGAGAGCGUAUGAGUUGAUGAGUUUGAUGAGUGGUGAAGGUUUGAGACCGAAUAUUUAUACGUAUAAUGCGGUUGUAGACAGUCUUUGUAAGAAAUCAAGGGCGUCUGAGGCUUAUGAGUUGCUGAAUAAAGCGUUUUCUUGUGGACUGGAGGCUGAUGGAGUUACUUACACUAUUCUUAUUCAAGAACAGUGUAAGCAGAGUGACAUCAAGCAAGCUCUUGCGUUUUUCUGUCGGAUGAAUAAGACUGGUUUUGAAGCUGAUAUGCGUCUGAACAACAUUUUGAUAGCUGCAUUUUGUAGGCAAAAGGAGAUGAAGGAAAGUGAGAAGCUUUUUGGGUAUGUGGUGAGUCUUGGCUUGGUUCCAACGAAGGAGACUUAUACAUCCAUGAUUAGCGGGUAUUGUAAGGAAGGUGACAUUGAUCUAGCUUUGAAGUAUUUUAAUAACAUGAAGAGACAUGGUUGCGUUCCUGAUAGCUUCACUUAUGGUUCACUAAUAAGUGGUCUCUGCAAGAAGUCCAUGGUGGAUGAAGCUUGUAAGCUUUACGAAGCAAUGAUUGACAAAGGUUUAGCUCCUUCUGAGGUGACUCGUGUCACGUUAGCGUACGAGUACUGUAAGAGGAAUGAUUCUGCCAACGCAAUGAUGCUUUUGGAGCCGUUAGAUAAGAGGCUUUGGAUUAGAACGGUUAGGACACUAGUGAGAAAGUUGUGUAGCGAGAAGAAAGUUGGAGUUGCAGCUCUGUUCUAUCAAAAACUGUUGGAAAAAGAUGGUAGUGUUGAUCGUGUUACUUUAGCUGCUUUCACUACGGCUUGCUCCGAGUCUGGUAAAAACAACCUUGUUGCUGAUUUGACUGAGAGAGUUUCCAGAGGAGUUGGCUAG